AUCGUGGCCCCGAGUGUGAGUCACAUCGCCAGUACGAUCGGAAGGUCUCCCCCGGAGUGCCGCGGAAUCGGUGUAUCAAUGACCCCAGGAGGAAACCUCCCUCUGUGAAACUCGGAACUUAUGUGCUUCAACCCGCCCUCCCGAAAGUGUCCGCCGCCGUCUGCGUCGAGUUCCCCCUCGAGGACCGUGACAGGACUGUUGUCGCUGUUGUUUCUGUGGAAAGUUCAUGAGAAAUGGGUGACAGAUAAUAAUAGAUGUUUUUCCCUGAAUGCCGUCGCCGCGACGCCAGUGACUUCAUGAAAUCUCUGAUUCUGGAAACGCGGAGGAACAAAAGGCAAAAAUUAGAUGGUCCGGCGUCGUGCCGCGCCCUCCAGCAGCUGAAGGGCGUUCUUCCGUCGGAUAACGACCCCUCACUCCCCCACCCCAUCAUGGCGCCCAUUGCGGUGGGGGCGUGCCCCGGGGGGCGUGAGGGCGGAGGCUGCGCCCGCACGACGUUGCCCUUUCUAUCCCGGCUGGCCCCCAGCCACUGCCACAACAACCACACCACCUCCUCCUCCCCCCACCACAAAGAGCUGAUGACCCUGGCUGACCUGCUCGACGGCUGCCCCAAGGUCGACCCUUUCGCUUAUCAAGAUACCAAAGUCAAUAGCUUAGCAAACUGUAGAGGCAGCUUUACAAUAUGCAAUCUACUGUUUGGCUACGAAGAACAGGAGAAUCCAAUAGACAUAGAGAAAUUCACGCCCACGGCGCUGCACAUAGCCUGCCUAUCUCCGCAACCGGCUCCCUUGGUAGGUAAGCUGGUGGCUUCAGGAGCGCCUGUCAACGAGGCCAACCUUCUAGGACAGACGCCGCUACACGCUCUGCUGAUGGGAGAUAUCCGAAGUGGCAGCAUGACAGACGCCCUCCAAAUCCUACUGAGCCACGGGGGUGACGUCAGUGCCAAGGACCUCUCAGGUGACACUCCGCUUCUCUCCGUCAGGAAUCUCUUGAAACAGGGACUCUUCAGUAAAGCAGCAGAGGUUGCCCAGGUUCUUCUACAAGCAGGGGCUCAAGUCGAUGCUGUCAACAACGAAGGUCGGACCUUGCUUACAUACAGCAUAGAACAUCUAGACGAUUCUCUCAUGCUCACUAGAACGCUUUUAAAUAAUGGGGCAUCUGUUUGGGGAGCUCCGGAUAGUUGUGAUAAGGAUCAAAGUGUGUUUACCUGGUUUCUUAAGGCUGUGAUUUCUCGUCGCAAACUGGAGAAUUGUUCCGAUACAAUUUCAAUUCUGUCCAUGGUGAUGGCAGAGAACCCAAGGAGAAUGCACCAACAUGUUCUUAGGACGAUGUUUAGACAUUCUAGAUGUUAUAAGGUUUUAGGCCCAGUCUUCCUGGAACUAAAACCCUUAUGAUGCCCCACUGGACUCAGCCUCCGAGCCUAUCCAGUCUCUGCUGGCGCAGCGUCCGCAACUCACUCACACCAAAGAAGAUACACUCCAGCACUCACCUGCUCGGUCUUCCGCCUCUACUGGAAGCCUUCAUCCUUCUAGAGGAACCAGGA